AUGAAAAAGUCGUCCGAUACCGCCGCUCACCCUCCACCUCCGUCUAAUAAUAACAAUAAUACCACCUCCCACAGCAAUCAUAGUUACGGUCAUAAUACCCAAGCCUCGCCCAAUCAUAAUGAUCACAGCAAUAAUAACACUGAUUCAACGAGUUUUGUAAAUAAUCAAGAUACCCUCCUGAAUGGCAUCGGUCCAUAUACCUUUUUAAAGCAACUGGGAAACGGAAAGUUUAGUCGGGUCAUGCUCGCCACUCACUCUGAAACUCAAACCCAAGUGGCGAUUAAGAUCAUCAACAAGCAAGCACAUGAUUACCGUGUUAUGUCGCGCUUGGUACGAGAAAUCAACUUGAUGGAGGUAUUGGAUCAUCCGAAUAUCGUCAAACUCUUUGAGACAUACGAAACGUGUGAUUCGCUAUUUCUGGUGAUGGAGUAUGUUCCCGGUCACAACCUGGAUGAAUACCUGCAAAAAUCGGGGGGUACUCUUACAGAAAAGGAGGCACGAAACCUGUUUCGACAGUUGGUGGCGGCUGUCAGUUUCUGCCACAGCCGUUGGGUGGUUCAUCGUGACUUGAAGACACCGAAUAUUCUAAUCACCCCCGAUGGCGUUGUCAAGCUGGCCGAUUUUGGGUUAGGCAAUAGAUUCGGACUGCAACGAUUGCGAACUAUUUGUGGUUCCAUGUUAUAUUACAGUCCAGAAAUUAUCAGCGGUCAAAAGUAUUACGGACCUGAAGUCGAUUGCUGGUGUCUUGGUGUGGCCCUGUUUCGCAUGACGGCCGGAUUCGAACCGUUUUCCCAUGCACACACCGUCGGCGAACUUAAAAAGGAUGUAUGCAGCUGCAACUUUCCGAUGCCAUCGAAUUUGUCAAUAGAUCUGCAGCGUACGAUUCGGAAAUGUCUGCAGGUGGACCGCCGACGACGCAUGAGCGUGCGUGCCGCCCUUCAAGAUGACGCUUGGUUAACAGACAAUCACCUCCUGCCAUGUCCCAUUACCGACAACGAAGCUGUCCAUGCCAAUGGACGCCCAACAGAUUAUGCACGAAGACAGUACAUCCGAGAUCUUGAAAACAGCCAGCACAGCUAUCCUGCCGUCAAGCGAACGGUUAUUUACCAUCCAGUGAAUGCAUCCACCUAUUUUACGACCAAAACUUCCAGCAACGAGCAUUACCAUUAUCAGCAUCAGCGGAUAGAAAUGCUACGUUCCGAAAUACUUCAAUCCAUCCGUCAACGAGCACGUCGUCUGGGGAUGCGAUCAACCAAGUUGAUCACGAUAAUGCCAUCUUUCAAACUUGACAAGGGAAAACGAUCGUUGAAAUUGUCGGAAAUGCUGCAACGGUAUUACAAAGAUCAAAUGUAUUGGUUUCAACUGACGCGUCCCGAAGGGUCUCGGCCGCCUUCGCUGUCUUCCGGAUCGUCCUCCACGUCUUCCAUGUCGACCGUGGGUGCCUCGGAUAAUGAAGAUAUCCCAAAUCCGGCCAUGGCCGUAUGCAAUGGUGACAGAGUAGCCCAAGAUGUCAUGACCUUGGUCAAAGAAACAUGCCAGUUGAUGGGCAUUACCUUUGUUCAGGAAUCGCCCACCCAAUUAAUAUGUGUUCUCACCCUUCGCGAUGCACAAAAAUCUGAUGCCUCAUUGUCUCCUCCACCUCCCGUGCGGCGACGUGAAAGCCGAAACAGCAGUCGGUCCACGACAGGGUCGGUUGCCACAACGACCAACGGCGCCUUUUCCAUGGAAGAAGAUGGUUCACGGGCUCAAACAAAGCGAAUGUCCUUACCGCUUCUGUCUCAUUUGACCUCGUCCAUGACCACCUCUUUCUUUGGACGUACCAAGCAGCGACAUUCCAUCGAUGGUCGAAGUUCCAGUAUUUCCGAAAGUCUUCGACGUAACAAGAAGAAGGACGGGGUAGCAGUAUUUACCAUUGAUAUCAAACAGACCCAUCGAAAGAGUCAGCUGGUGGGUUUGCGGUUUUCCAAACAACAAGGUUCAUCCAGUGUGUUUAAAAUGGCCGGUGGCUGGAUCACAGGCGUCAUCAGUAUGAAUGAUUUUAGAUAG